CCCCAUCCUCUCCCUCUGUCCCUCUGUCCCUCUGUCCCUCUGACCCUGCACUGUCCCAGCACCAUGGGACCCACCUCAGGUCCCCGCCUGCUGCUCCUGCUACUAAUCCACCUCCCUCUGGCUCUGGGGACUCCCAUGUACUCUAUGAUCACCCCCAACGUCUUGCGGCUGGAGAGUGAGGAGACCGUGGUGCUGGAGGCCCACGACGCGAAAGGGGAUGUUCCGGUCACUGUCACUGUCCACGACUUCCCAGGCAAAAAACUGGUGCUGUCCAGUGAGAAGACCGUGCUGACCCCUGCCACCGGCCACAUGGGCAGCGUCACCAUCAGGAUCCCAGCCAAUAAGGAGUUCAAGUCAGAAAAGGGGCACAACAAGUUCGUGACCGUGCAGGCCAACUUCGGGGUCCAAGUGGUGGACAAAGUGGUACUGGUCAGCCUUCAGAGCGGGUACCUCUUCAUCCAGACAGACAAGACCAUCUACACCCCUGGCUCCACAGUUCUCUGUCGGAUCUUCACUGUCAACCACAAGCUGCUACCCGUGGGCCGGACGGUCGUGGUCAACAUUGAGAACCCAGAAGGCAUCCCGGUCAAGCAGGACUCCUUGUCUUCUCAGAACCAAUUUGGCAUCUUGCCCUUGUCUUGGGACAUUCCAGAACUCGUCAACAUGGGCCAGUGGAAGAUCCGAGCCUACUAUGAAAAUUCACCACAACAGGUCUUCUCCACUGAGUUUGAGGUGAAGGAGUACGUGCUGCCCAGUUUCGAGGUCAUAGUGGAGCCUACAGAGAAAUUCUACUACAUCUAUAAUGAGAAGGGCCUGGAGGUCACCAUCACCGCCAGGUUCCUCUAUGGGAAGAAAGUGGAGGGAACUGCCUUUGUCAUCUUCGGGAUCCAGGAUGGCGAGCAGAGGAUUUCCCUGCCUGAAUCCCUCAAGCGCAUCCCGAUUGAGGAUGGCUCAGGGGACGCCGUGCUGAGCCGGAAGGUACUGCUGGACGGGGUGCAGAACCCCCGACCGGAAGACCUGGUGGGGAAGUCUUUGUACGUGUCUGUCACCGUUAUCUUGCACUCAGGCAGUGACAUGGUGCAGGCGGAGCGCAGCGGGAUCCCCAUCGUCACCUCUCCCUACCAGAUCCACUUCACCAAGACGCCCAAGUACUUCAAACCAGGAAUGCCCUUUGACCUCAUGGUGUUCGUGACGAACCCCGAUGGCUCUCCAGCCUACCGAGUCCCCGUGGCAGUCCAGGGCGAGGACGCUGUGCAGUCUCUAACCCAGGGAGACGGCGUGGCCAAACUCAGCAUCAACACACUCCCCAGCCAGAAGCCUUUGAGAAUCACGAUCUGGGACGUGGUGGAGAAGGCAGACAUCGGCUGCACCCCAGGCAGUGGGAAGGAUUACGCCGGUGUCUUCUCGGAUGCAGGCCUGACCUUUGCAAGCAGCAGUGGCCAGCAGACCGCCCACAGGGCAGAACUUCAGUGCCCACAGCCAGCCGCCCGCCGACGCCGUUCCGUGCAGCUCGCCGAGAAAAGAAUGGACAAGGUCGGCAAGUACCCCAAGGAGCUGCGCAAGUGCUGCGAGCAUGGCAUGCGGGAGAACCCCAUGAGGUUCUCGUGCCAGCGCCGGACCCGUUACAUCACCCUGGACGAGGCGUGCAAGAAGGCCUUCCUGGACUGCUGCAACUACAUCACAGAGCUGCGGCGGCAGCACGCGCGGGCCAGUCACCUGGGCCUGGCCAGGAGUAACCUGGAUGAGGACAUCAUCGCAGAAGAGAAUAUUGUUUCCCGAAGUGAGUUCCCAGAGAGCUGGCUGUGGAAGAUUGAAGAGUUGAAAGAGCCACCGAAAAAUGGAAUCUCCACGAAGCUCAUGAAUAUAUUUUUGAAAGAUUCCAUCACCACGUGGGAGAUUCUGGCUGUGAGCUUGUCAGACAAGAAAGGGAUCUGUGUGGCAGACCCCUUCGAGGUCACAGUAAUGCAGGACUUCUUCAUCGACCUGCGGCUACCCUACUCUGUUGUUCGAAACGAGCAGGUGGAAAUCCGAGCCGUUCUCUACAAUUACCGGCAGAACGAAGAGCUCAAGGUGAGGGUGGAACUACUCCACAAUCCAGCCUUCUGCAGCCUGGCCACCGCCAAGAGGCGUCACCAGCAGACCGUAACCAUUCCCCCGAAGUCGUCGCUGUCCGUUCCUUAUGUCAUCGUGCCCCUAAAGACCGGCCCGCAGGAAGUGGAAGUCAAGGCUGCCGUCUACCAUUUUUUCAUUAGUGACGGUGUCAGGAAGUCCCUGAAGGUCGUGCCGGAAGGAAUCAGAAUGAACAAAACUGUGGCUGUUCGCACGCUGGAUCCAGAACGCCUGGGCCAGGAAGGAGUGCAGAGAGAGGACGUCCCACCUGCGGACCUCAGUGACCAAGUCCCGGACACGGAGUCUGAGACCAGAAUUCUCCUACAAGGGACCCCAGUGGCCCAGAUGACAGAGGAUGCCAUCGAUGCAGAACGGCUGAAGCAUCUCAUCGUGACCCCCUCAGGCUGCGGGGAACAGAACAUGAUCAGCAUGACGCCCACAGUCAUCGCUGUGCAUUACCUGGAUGAAACAGAACAGUGGGAGAAGUUCGGCCCGGAGAAGCGGCAGAGGGCCUUGGAGCUCAUCAAGAAGGGGUACACCCAGCAGCUGGCCUUCAGACAACCCAGCUCUGCCUAUGCGGCCUUCCUGAACCGGGCACCCAGCACCUGGCUGACCGCCUACGUGGUCAAGGUCUUCUCUCUGGCUGUCAACCUCAUUGCCAUCGACUCCCAGGUCCUCUGCGGGGCUGUUAAAUGGCUGAUCCUGGAGAAGCAGAAGCCGGACGGGGUCUUCCAGGAGGAUGCUCCCGUGAUACAUCAAGAAAUGAUUGGUGGAUUCCGGAACACCAACGAGAAAGACAUGGCCCUCACGGCCUUUGUUCUCAUCUCGCUACAAGAGGCUAAAGAGAUUUGCGAGGAGCAGGUCAACAGCCUGCCAGGCAGCAUCACUAAAGCAGGAGACUUCCUUGAAGCCAACUACAUGAACCUACAGAGAUCCUACACUGUGGCCAUUGCUGCCUAUGCCCUGGCCCAGAUGGGCAGGUUGAAGGGACCUCUUCUCAACAAAUUUCUGACCAAAGCCAAAGAUAAGAACCGCUGGGAGGAGCCUGGUCAGCAGCUCUACAAUGUGGAGGCCACAUCCUAUGCCCUCUUGGCCCUACUGCAGCUAAAAGACUUUGACUUCGUGCCUCCCGUCGUGCGUUGGCUCAAUGAACAGAGAUACUACGGUGGUGGCUAUGGCUCUACCCAGGCCACCUUCAUGGUGUUCCAAGCCUUGGCUCAAUACCAAAAGGAUGUCCCUGACCACAAGGAACUGAACCUGGAUGUGUCCCUCCAACUGCCCAGUCGCAGCUCCAAGAUCACGCACCGUAUCCACUGGGAAUCUGCCAGCCUCCUGCGAUCAGAAGAGACCAAGAAAAAUGAGGGUUUCACAGUCACAGCUGAAGGAAAAGGCCAAGGCACCUUGUCGGUGGUGACAAUGUACCAUGCUAAGGCCAAAGAUCAACUCACCUGUAAUAAAUUCGACCUCAAGGUCACCAUAAAACCAGCACCGGAAACAGAAAAGAGGCCUCAGGAUGCCAAGAACACUAUGAUCCUUGAGAUCUGUACCAGGUACCGGGGAGACCAGGAUGCCACUAUGUCUAUACUGGACAUAUCCAUGAUGACUGGCUUUGUUCCAGACACAGAUGACCUCAAGCAGCUGGCAGACGGCGUUGACAGAUACAUCGCCAAGUAUGAGCUGGACAGAGCCUUCUCCGAUAGGAACACCCUCAUCAUCUACCUGGACAAGGUCUCACACUCUGAGGAUGACUGUAUAGCUUUCAAAGUUCACCAAUAUUUUAAUGUAGAGCUUAUCCAGCCUGGUGCAGUCAAGGUCUACGCCUAUUACAACCUGGCGGAAAGCUGUACCCGGUUCUACCACCCGGAAAAGGAGGAUGGAAAGCUGAACAAGCUCUGUCGUGAUGAACUGUGCCGCUGUGCUGAGGAGAAUUGCUUCAUACAAAAGUUGGAUGACAAGGUCACCCUGGAAGAACGGCUGGACAAGGCCUGUGAGCCAGGAGUGGACUAUGUGUACAAGACCCGACUGGUCAAGGCCCAGCUGUCCAAUGACUUUGACGAGUACAUCAUGGCCAUUGAGCAGAUCAUCAAGUCAGGCUCGGAUGAGGUGCAGGUUGGGCAACAGCGCACGUUCAUCAGCCCCAUCAAGUGCAGGGAAGCCCUGAAGCUGGAGGAGAAGAAACACUACCUCAUGUGGGGUCUCUCCUCCGAUUUCUGGGGAGAGAAACCCAACCUCAGCUACAUCAUCGGGAAGGACACCUGGGUGGAGCACUGGCCCGAGGAGGACGAAUGCCAAGAUGAAGAGAACCAGAAACAAUGCCAGGACCUCGGCACCUUCACCGAGAACAUGGUUGUCUUUGGGUGCCCCAACUGACCACACCCCCAUUCCCCUACUCCCAAUAAAGCUUCAGUUAUAUUUCA